AUGCGGCGCGCGCUCGCGCUGCUGCUGGCGGCCCCGCUCCUCUCCGGCCGGCCGGACGAGGGCUACCUCUUCGUCACGAACCGCGGCGACGAGGCCGUCUUCGCCGCGACGCGCCUCCGCGCCGUGUCGCCGGGCGCGAACAUCACCUUCGUCUCCGACGCCGCGACGCUGCGCGACGUCGGAAACGACCUCGACGUCUUCGACGUCGUGCUGCCGGCCGAGGCCGCGAUGCCCGACCUGGACGUGCACGACUCGAUGGGCUUCCGGCUCCAGAAGCUCCGGGGCAUGCUCCUGUCGCCCUACGAGCGCACGGUCUACAUGGACAGCGACACCUACGCCUGCCGGUCGCCGGAAAACCUCUUCCGACGCCUCGAGGCCGCGCGCGCGGACGUCGCGUGCGUCAUGGGCGGCCGCGGGAACCACACGGGCGCGUCCGCGGGCGUGCUCGCCUACGCGCGGACGCCGGCGGCCGCGGCGCUCUGGCGCAACUGGGAGCGCGUCUACCGCACGGUCAUGGCGUCGACGCGCCGCGAGCAGCCGAGCUUCCAGAAGGCGAUGGCGGCCGCGGCGCGCGACGACGGCCUCGUGGCGGAGCGCGUGCCCAUGGCCUACAACUGCCGCAACGUGCGCCACUGCCGCGCGACGACGCUCAAGGACGGCACCUCCGUCGACGGCUGCGUCGUCAUCCACGCCCACGACUUCGAGGCCGGCGUCGCGGGCUUCGGCCGCCGCGGCGCCGCGGCCGCGCGCGCGGCGGGCGACUGCCCGACGCUGAGCGGCGCGCACCGCGUCGUGCUCUACCUCGCGCCGCCGGGCGCCGGCGCGGCGACGCGGCGCAUCGCCGACGCCAUGGGCAAGCUCAAGGUCGACAACGACUUCUCCGUGUGCGGGAGCCUCGACGCGCGGAACGCGUCCGCCGCCGACGACUGCGUCGCGCGGUCGAACAAGUACGCCGUCGUCAUUCUGGGCGCCUUCCCGCCGCCGGCGCCGGCGCCGGCGGCCGCCGGCGGCCGGCCGCCCGUCGUCGUCGCCAUCGCGCGCCACCCGCGGGACCGCUACCGCGCGGCGGCCGCGCGCGCGUCGCCGCGCGUCCUCGACGAGCUCGACCGGUGCCUCGCCGCCGCGCGCGGCGACUGCUUCGAGGCGUCCCUGGGCCUCGCGCCCGACGCCGACGUGAACUGGUUCUGCGGCGGCGGCUGCGGCGCGCGCGCCGGCGAGCGCGCCGCGGACGCCGCGUUCCGGCGCGCCGCGGACGCGGUCGUCGUCCUCGGCGCGGCGCCCGCCGCGACGGUCGCGGAGCUCGAGCGCGCGCUCCCGUCCCACUUCCUCCGCCUCGGCGCCCACGUCAAGACCGCGCGGCGCCUCUCCGACGACCGCGGCGUCGCCAAGCAGAUGCGCCACGCGGGCGGCGCGACGCUCGUGCGCCGCAAGGACGCGGACGCCGCGCGCCACGCGCGCCGCGAGGCGGCCUUCGUCGCCGCCAGCGCCGAGGACGCGGCCUUCUACGACGCCGCGGCCAAGGCCGAGCGGGAGCGGGGGGCGCGCUCGUCUUUGCGGCAGCCCCGCGCGCACACGAUGUUCGACGACGCGAGCGCCGGGUCGCUGCAGCUCUACGCGGCCAUCGUCUUCGUGACGUACGCCGGCGGCUGCGGCUUCAUCUCGCGCGUCACGGGCUGCAAGAUCGCGGCUUGUUAUGCGGGAAUCGCGUACCUCGCGCUCCGGUUCCUCGGAAGCUUCGACGUCACGAGCGACGUCGCCGCGCAGCUCGUGCGCCUCCUGGCCUUCCAGACCUACCUGGCGCUCUUCUGCUCCAUGCUGUACGGCCGCGACGCGAUGACGUUCCUCACGAACUGGUGCCUGUGGUUCCACGUGCAGUACUUCGCCGUCGGCGCGACCGCGGACCCGGCGCUCGACCGCGUCGCGGGCGUCGCGCACGCCGCGGGCUUCUUCGCGGCCUACAGCGUGUAUUUCGGGUUUCUCGUGGCGGCGGCCUGCGGCGGCUGCGUGCCCAACGACGUCCUGUUGCGAGCGCAGAAGGAGCCCGCCACGGAGUUCGGCGUGUCGAGCUUCAUCGGCUGGGUCCACUCGUCGCCGACGCUCUUCUACGUGCUCGACGCCAUGCUCGCCCGCGACCACCUGCGGCGGAUCUACGCGGGCCGCGUGCCGGGGACCAUGGCGGCGGGCCUCGCGAUCUUCUUCUCCGUGGGCCAGUUCUGGGAAUGCCUCCACCCGAACACGCGCGCGCCCGGCGUCCCGGUCGCCUCUUUCCCAAAGAUCGACGUCUACAGCGCGCCGGCGGAGGUGUGGAGGAAGCGCGGCCAGGCCUUCGGCCGCUGGCUCCGCCUCGGCACGCCGGAGCAGCUCCGCCGGGGCGAAGGGCGCUUCAAGACGAGCGACGACGUCGCGUUUUCCUGGAUCGUCAAAUACGGCGGCGUCGCGGGCGCCCUCGUCGCCGCGCGCGCGCUCGACCGCCUCGAGCCAUUAGUGCCAUCGGUGGAUGGCUCGAUGGCCUUCGACGCGCCCGCGGAGCCCGUCCGGACGCUCGAGGACGACGCGGCCCUCCUGGAGCAGCUGCGGACCCUCGCGGCGUCGAUGACGGCGCGCACCAAGGCCGUCAACGACAGCCUCGGCUCCCUGGCCAAGGAGGCGCGGGAGGCCGAGGUCGGCGCGAAGAACGCCUUCAACGGCUUCCUCAUGCUCUGCAACACGCAGUUCGUCGAGAACCGCGUCUACGAGGAGGACCCCGGCGCCGCCGGCGCCGCGGCCGACGCGCCGGCGGCGCCGGCCGACGACGACGGCGCGCGGUCCCGGUGGAGCGGCGCGCUGGCCCUGGGCCUCGUCGCCUUGAAGCAGAAGGUCUUCUUCGACGACGGCGGCGAGGUCGAGGACGGCGGCGACGAGGCCGAGGACGUCUACAACUCGCGGCCGCUGCCGUUCGUCAUCGGGACCCGGCAGUACCUCUCGUCGGACGGCGUCGGCGUCGGCGCGGACGAGGGCCUCGAGAGCGACGACGGCACGGCCUACGACGACGACGACGACCAGCGCCUCGAGGACGAGCCCUACGACGACGACGAGCGCGACGACGGCUACGACGACGAGCCCAUCUACGACGACGACGACGGCGGCGGCGACGACGACGACGCGCUCGGGCCCUGGACCGACCAUCCGCCGACUAUCUAG